CCCAGGUUUCUCCUUCGUCUUCCUCUUCCAUCUCUCCGACCAUUCGUGCACCACCACUGCUGCUGCCACCGCGCACACUGCAUCGACAGCUACGCCUCUCAUUUUGAACCACAUCCUUCUAUCUCCCGGAUAUCUUUCUUCAUAGUUAUUGACCAUCCUCGUACCGCGUUUCCACGCGCAGAGCUGGCACGAUGAGCUCCGAUCGUCAGCCCAAGUAUCGGCAGGAGAUCCAGCAGGUGAGUACCGUCCCCUAACCUUAGUCUUGCUUGAUAAGCCUUGGUCGUGUGCUCGUGUCGUCGCCUUCUGGAAAUAUUGUCUCAAUGCGGUGUUCGCUCGUCUCUGUGAAUAUUGUCAACAUCAUGCCCUCGUUCAGGGUGCUGGGCCUACCUAUAUGGCCGCGUGUGGAACAAGCUGGGGGAUAAAGGUGUCGAGGGAUCGCCCAUAUCUUGACGCACCUUCCUGGGACCAAGGAAAUACCGCCUGCGGAAAGUAGCGGUCGAUUACCUUGCAACGACACACAAUGGCGAUCUGAAGGGCAACGUCAACGCAACCUCUGUCUUUUACGGCUCUACCUUCACUUCCUCCCACCUCGUACAUCGCCUUCCCACAUCUCUCUUCUGCUGUACACCAGCCUCAAGGUCAAUCGACUGUCGAAUUGCAGACUUUGAAGCCAUACUUCAACUUGAACUCCCUCUGAGCAUCUGUCUUGCGAUCCUUGCCAUACAUUCCUUCGCUCUGCGUUCGUGGCUCGUUCACCUCUCGAUUCUUCCAAUUCCGCCUCUUACCACAGCUUUCCUUUCAAAUCAGCUGGAUCGCCUACCAAGAACUGAGCCUGCCUGCGUUCAUCGAUCUCUGUCAGAGACAUCGAUACUCGUUCAGCCUGCUACCUCCCAGCCAAAGCUGUUCCCCAGCGACUUGUCUCCUGCUCCGAGUUCCUUCCAGCUUCACACCUGAGCGCUCAAAGACUGCGCUCUGAUAAGUUCGGUUUGAUUAUGAACGAAAUGUCGGACUUUGUCUCAGACGACAAGCUUGUGUCCUCCGAGGAGUAUGAUUUGCCUCGCCUCAGAAGCUUUGGGCACCUGGUCCUGAACUCCAGCAGUGACGAAGAGUCGGAUGCCGAAACCGUCAUUGCAUCCCCCCAGGCUGGCUAUCACGAGGAUGAUGCCCGUGACAUUUCGCACCAUGGCGUGGACAUCCCUACUCCCCUCAACUCUUCCGUUGCGCCUUCAACCAGCCCUCCUUGCCUUCCAGUUACCUCUGAUGAACGUCAUCUGUGUGACGCCAGCGACACGUCGAGUCUUUACGACGGUCACGACGAGCAUGAUGCGUUCUCCUUUUCCUGGGGUGCGAAGGUGACUGAGACGCCCUGCUCCGACAAGGCCAGUGAUGGCACAUUGGGGGAAUGUUAUGACGCGGACGAUGAGCUUAGCUCUGCCGACCUGAUGAGCACAGCCGACCAGAUGAAAGCGAGCACUGAGCUCCCGACUAAGGCGUUUUUCCAGUACAAGAUACUAACUAAGCCGCUCUUGAAGAUGAUGUUCGUCUCUGGUGAGACCGCCGAACCAUCCAUCGAGACGACCACCCUGAUUGAGGAUAUCACUCGAGAGCAAGUCCUUGAAAUCCUCAGUCGUGGCACCACCCUGGCCGGCCGGCGUGGCUCCCGCGCCAUCUCGACGGAUGACCUGAUCUUCCUCAUCCGCCACGACAAGGCCAAAGUCUCCCGUCUCCGUACCUUCCUGUCCUGGAAAGACGUUCGUAAGAAUGUCAAGGACUCUGACGACAAGGGAGGUGCUGAUGCGGCUGACUUUGCCGCCGACGAUGCAGCCGGUGCCGUUGCCGGGCCCUCGGACGUCGCCGCGAAGCCCAAGAACAAGCGGGCUAAGGUGGGCCUUGCCUGGGACGUCAACAGCUACUUCUCGAUUCAGGUCCCCGAGCGCGACGACGAGGAGGACGAAGAGGAGGAGGAGCAGAACUAUGCGACCCUCCAGCGUCUCGCCGCGGCCGACGAGCGCACGAAGAACAUGACCAGGGAGGAGUACGUCUUCUGGUCGGAGUGUCGCCAGGCCUCCUUCACCUACCGCAAGAGCAAGCGGUUCCGCGAGUGGGCGGGCUUUGGAAUCGUCACCGAAUCCAAGCCCAACGAUGAUAUUGUGGACAUUCUCGGGUUCCUGACCUUUGAGAUUGUCCAGACUCUUACGGAGGAAGCGCUCAAGGUCAAGGAGCGGGAAGACCACGAGAAAAAUCGUGGCGGGGCGGACACUACAGGCGCCGACUCUAAGAAGCGCAAGCGCGAGACCGGGCUCUUCGACCCGCCGGAGGAGGGACGUACCCCUAUCGAGCCUCGACACAUUCGUGAGGCCUAUCGCAAGCUCCAGGCAUGCCCCCAGAAGUCCAUUGCCAUGUUGCUGCACAACGGUCGUGUGCCCGCCAAGUUGCCCCUGAAGCUGAUUUAAUCGGCUGGGUUGGAUCUUCCUCUUUUUUUCCUCGUUUAAGCAUGCUCGGCGCGGGAGUUUUCUGGCAAUACGGAUGAUACCCACAUGAAUUUCUUUGGGCAGCCUGGAUGUUUCCCUCUUCUUUACUCUUCUUUCCUCUUACUCUCUUAGGUCACGGUUUCUCUUUUGGAGUUUGCUACCACUUGGUACCUUGGUACAAUUGGCUGGUGUUUCGUCGACAGCUCGUCUACUCGUUUCCUUUGCUUUUCGAGCCCGGCGUUUUCAUCAAUCCCUGCCCCCGGGUACAGUUGGUAGAUAGCAACUUGUGAAUAUCGAUCAAAGUUGCAAAUAAUAUCUUGAACUAUGCGAGCUUUCAUUGUCAACUAUUAAUACUCAAUACAUUACACCCGGGCGUGUUAUCAUAAUCUCUUGCUCUAGGAUAUCAAGAAAACUAUGCCAAGAUAACGACCACUCUCGUAAUGUAGACACAUUAUCUACUUCUGAUGCGUUCGGCG